GAAAUCAAAUUCAAGCAAUGAGUGCACAAUCAGCCAUGAAGAGUGCUUGCCUCUUGAUCACGGUUCUGCUUGCUACUGUCAUCACCAACACCACAUCAAUGACCAUACAUGAAGCAAGUAGCAUCCCUGCAAGUUUAGGUAAGGGAGUAAGGAGCUUUCUUGGGAGCACUGGUGGCAAUUGGAAUUCAGUAGACAUAGAAGGAGUGGGAGGUGGAAGUGCAGUUGAUAGCUCCAAAAUGAGAGCAAAGGUGGGAGAUAAAGGAGGCAGGCAUGUUGGGAAUAGUUUGUCGAGCUGCGUAACUCGAGAAUAUUGCAGGAAGAACAAGGUGAUUUGCACCAAGAAGUGCAGCAAGCAAGAUGGCAAUGCCAUCGAGAAGAAGCAUAUCCCAGGGAAGUGCACUCUCACGUGCAAGAAGUGCAUCCCAAACUGCUAAACAUCUUAGACUCCCUUCUUUGAUAUGAAGCUGUUAUGGACAAGCUCUCUAGUUUUUUUGUCGUCUCUUCUUUAUGUUCUUUAUGUUGAAGCCCUCUUUUCUAGUCUUAUUAUGGUUCAAUGAAAUAAAAGAUAAUUCCUCAGCUGAUCAGGAAUUUUCUAUUUUA